AAGCUGGGUAACUAGAGCAGAACAAUCAGUAGGUUUGAUGAGCAGAAGCAGUGCCAAUGUACAGGUCCGAUAGCAGCUUGCCCGCUUUGGCCGGAUGCAGCAUUCCAGCCCGCUGACUCUGAGGCAGCCGCGCCAGCCUAGGUUGUAAACAAGGUCGCCUGCCUGCCUCCCGGCCAGAAGGGGAGGUACGGACGGAUCCAGGCACUUCCAGAAUACUCACUCUUGUGACGAAUGUGCCCUGUGAUGCCGUUUAAGAGACGCGGGGCGGCUCCUCUGAGGUCAGGCGAGAGGACGCUCUCCGCUAUACUUAGUGGAGCGAGGCUGAGGUAAUCCGGAUAAAGUUAGGGUUGUGUGUGUCGUAGCUGGAAUUAAAGGCAGCGCCGAGUCGUCCAAGUGCGGGGAGUGGUGAUGACAGUGGCUAUUUCUGACGGCGCCCCGGAUUGGCGGCUAUAAGAAGGCCGGGAUGCGUUUUCACAGCAGUGUAUUGACUCGCUACCCUGAAAACACCUUCAGCGUCUCUAUCCAAGCGGAGGAUAAAGUGCCAGUCGACAACCCAAGCGCCGCGGUGAAGAGUGAGGCCUCCUGCCCCCCUGCCAGCAUGCCCGCCUUCUCAAGCUACGACCCACUCACCCAGGCCUCGGCCUCGGUUCCGGGCCCAGCCGUGCACCUCUACACCUCGACCUCCAGGAUUCCCCUGCGGCCGCUGGAGAGGGGCGUGCCCGUCCAGGUGCUGAGCGAGAGGGCUCACACCGCCCCCGAACGCGCAGAUCGAGGCCGAGGCGGCGAAAAGCCAUCGCAAGUUUGGGGCCAAGGCCCGGAGGGAACCUCUGGGGAGGCAGAAGAAGAGGUGGCGCGGGUAGGUAGCCGAACCGAGAGCCCUGAGCGAGCUGGCCCCAGUCGCGUUUCAGCUUUGCAAGCGGCGGAGCUCGAGCUCGGCGCGGGUUACAGGACGGUGGAUCUGGUGGUGGAGAACCGGUCGGAGAAAAACGCCAGGAUUGCACGUUACUUGGCUGAGGUGGAAAAGCAAAACAGUUACUUGAGGGAGAAACAAAAGUACAGGUUUCACAGCAUUCCCGACGGCAAUUGCCUGUACAGGGCGGUCAGCAAGGCUGUCUAUGGCGACCAGACCAUGCACAAGGAGCUGAGAGAACAAACUGUGUACCACAUCGCUGAUCACCUGGAUGAGUUCAAUCCCAUUAUUGAAGGUGAUGUUGGGGAGUUCCUGAUCGGUGCCGCUCAGGACGGGGCUUGGGCCGGGUACCCGGAGCUACUGGCUAUGAGUCAGAUGCUGAAGGUUAACAUCUACUUAACCACUGGUGGUAGUAUGGAAAGCCCGACCGUGUCUACUAUGGUGCAUUGCCUUGGCCCCGAAGACCAGACCAAACCCAGCAUAUGGUUGAGUUGGUUGAGCAAUGGACACUACGAUGCUGUUUUUGAUCAGUCACUACCCAACCCAGAAUACGAAACAUGGUGCGCACAGACACACGUUCAGAGGAAAAGAGACGAAGAACUGGCUAAAGCCAUGGCAGCUUCUCUUUCUAAAAUGUACAUUGAGCAGAACGGUAGCUUUUGAGUCGUUCAAUACACUACAGUGUUUGUCAGGACUUAAGGUUCCUUGUUGAACUGGUGAAACCGAAACGAGUAAGACUGGCAGCCUGAAGUAGAAAAGUAAAUAUUGUUGAUAUAUAGUUUUGAUUUUUACUUUUGUUUUAAAUUCUUACACAUUCUGAUCAGGCUAAUGGCACUUUAAAUGGAUCUUACAAUCAACUAUAUAAGUAACGCCUUAAUUCAAUGUGUGAAUUUAUGGAUGUUUAACUGAUGAAGGUUUCAGGACACCCGAGUUUUAAUCGGGUUUACUGGAGUUAUGAGACCACAGAAUUAAAUGAAAAAGAACUGUUUCAUUGAUAUUUUUGUAAUAUUUUACAUUUCUGAUGUUUGGAAAUUAAUUUGUUAAAUCUCUGGUUUGAAAAGCUUUUUUUCCUUUUGGAGAACACUUUUACAGAAGGAUUUGUUCAUGUUGCAUUUUAUGCAAUCAUUUGUUGCUGUAUUACCUGAUAAGUUCAUGUAUUCUGGCAGGUGGCUGGUUGCCAUUACAUUUCUGCCUUGAUUUUAUAAUUUGAUAAGAAGUUUCAGAUCUUCCAGAGCUUCAUUAUAGUUAAUUUUAUUACCUUCUGUGACAUGCCACCUCACUUCUGAUUUUUAUACGUUGUCCAAGGUGCAUUAAGUUCUAACUUCCUAAGAUGGUUUGCAAGGUCAAACCUGUAACCAGUUUGUAACUGUUGUAUUUGUUUUGAUUAUACAAUUAUUAAUCAACAUGGAAUGAAUAAAGUUGUAAUGUUUCUCACAA